AUGCAUGAGUCCUCCACUUCAGUUUUUUCAUCUCAAGCAAUUUAUGGGAAAGGACGAAUUCUGAGCGGAAGGCUUCAAGAUUACAGUCGACAGCAAGAGCAAACAAACACGACUAGCUUUGAUUUAGAAACAGUGCCUUUGCUCUCGUCAAUUUUUUCUGGAUCUGCGCUUCAUUCAUUGCUUUUUGAUUUCUUAUCUCUUCGUGGAAACAGGAAUGACAUUCAUUUCACUUUACUUCCCGAAAGUUGCUUUCUUGCUUUAUUUCAUUCUGAACCAACGUGCUGUACGAGCACAAUGGCGGCAAUCUCGGCAAAUAGAUAA